GUGAAGUGGAUAGAAACAAAUCUCUGUUCCAGUGAGCCAGCUGAGUUUAGGAGAAAACACAAGAGGGUGGAUUCAACUGUAGAAACACUCACAGCAGCACUGCACUUUCCUGCACACACUGGAGAGGUUGUCAAGUGUACCACUGGUUUAAGACUGAGGGGAGUUUAUUUUUGAAUGAUUAUUUAUUCGUUUUAUAGGUUUUUUAUUUCUGGGUGGAGGGCUGUGCCAAGUUGUUGUGAAUUGAGGAAGAGCUUUUGAAAGCUACUCUGACAUACAGUUGCAGGUAUUUUGCACAGAUGGAAUGUCACCUGGAACCCAAAAGGUUCCAGUUUACGGGCAUUCACAUGACAAAAGAUAGGGAUAGAUAAGGGGUAUAUCAUUUUAACCAAUUUGGGCAAAUAGAACUAACUGUGUGUUGUAUAGAUUUUCUGUAUUUGUAUGUAUGUGAUAGAUACAGUGGUUUUGGGGGGUUCUCUUCUGUAUGUAUGUAGAUAUGGUGGUUCUGGGGGUUAUCUUCUGAUUUUAAUUAACUAACACCUUUAAUGCCUCGUUUAUGACAAAGUGUCCAAAGUGAACAAUUGAUCCCAAAUAUUGGGCACAGAAGAGAAUCCACCUUGCUUAAAAAUCCAUAAUUUAUCCAGAUUUGAAUGGCUUUUGAAUGGCAGUGAGUCAACUGUGUCUUAAAUACAUGUCAUCACCCAAGGCUUCACUGGUGCCCCUCAGCUCUGGUUUAUCUUUGAAACCAGGAUUUCUCCUGGAAAGGUUUACAGAUGUUCUAAUUCUCCACCUGUAGCUACAUCAUAUUAAUACCACAACCCCGACAGCCAGAGACAUGGUCAUAGGAACGAAAUGUAUGGACAAAACCAGACAGAGAUGGUUCACUCACAUGUCAGAGAAAGAGUGUAUAUAAUGUAUAACAUGUUGUCCGCUAAAGGUAGAAGACGAAGGACCACAAUAAAUAAUCAAUCAGUUAACUAAUGAUUCGGAGAGCAACAGUGACCUUGGUCAUGAAAAUCGACUAGUGUUUCAAAAAGUGCGUGGGCAAAAUCAAACGCUCAAUAGCUGGUCCCUGAAAGAGAUGGAGCCUGAGGGCGAUAGCUAGACGCUGCAGAAGUCGAUGCAUGCGCACCCAACGUAUCUAUGUGAAUGGGGACUAGGGAGGAUGCUAUGAGAGAAGAGCCGGGGUCGCGUGUGAUUCAAUGCAUUUCAGUGGCAUUUAUGCCAAUACUUAUCGCGUCUGCUCUAGUUAACUUCAGACAAGUUUGCCAUGCAGAUCGAUGAUUCCAACCGAGACCCACCACACACACCCACAGAAACGCAAAUAUGUUCACUCUCCAAAUCAAACCUGAAUUACUCGCGACGGGUGGCCGCAUGGUUGAGUUCUCCACUUGUCAGUGUAGUUCAAAUAAUAUGUAGGCGCCUGGGUAAAUUGGAGAUGAUAUCCUUCUGGUUGCUCUGUUGGAGACUGCUGAGAGCCACAGCUGGAGUGAAGACGAUAAAGGGGAAUGAAGUGAUUGAGGGCUGUAGUGCUAUCGACACUCCACAAGAGAAAGAAAAAGAACAAGAAUCCCACUCUGGGGCCAUAGCCAUGGAGACCAGCCAGCUUUCAGAGAUGGCGAACCUAACAGACUAUAAAAUGGAUUCUGGGGAAACAGAGGACCAGAGACGCCUGCUUAGCGAAAGCGAGGAAGAAUGUGAUCGAGAACCUUUCGCAGAAUACAGAGGAACAAAAGAGAACUUAAAAACAUCAGUGGAUGAACCGGACGAAGAUGAUGAAAGUGGUGAGGUGAACAGAGAGGAGGAGACUCACAACUUUGAGACUGGACGAAAUGAUUUCAGUCUAACACAGUUACUCAACUCCUCAAGUAUAUUUGGUAGUGAACCCGUUUGCAAGGUGGAAGACCUGCUUGCACAAGGUCACCUGGGCAACUCUUCUCCAUCAGAAGUGACGAUGACACAAGAGUCCAUCUUGGAGCAGCGCAUCCGAGAGGAGGUCUCCUCAGAUGUCUCAACAGGGUCCUGUCACGACCCUGACCGAGACGACCUGAGUGACUGUCUCCAGGUAGAAAUGGCCAUCGUGUCAUCAGACAGCGAGGCCGACGACCAGUGGAGGUCCACUUUUGCUUCUACAGUCAACAAGGAGGAAGGUUGUGAUGGAAAUGCUCAAGAGGCCCUCGAGAAGGACAGAGCCGCAGGGGAGGCAGAGAAUGGGACCAAGGGUGAAACUGGAGAUAGUCCUCGCGUUCUUGAACAACCCGAUUGCCCGACAGAAUGCGAGAUCCAAGACAUGCCCUCUGGCAAGUUCCAGGGCUUAUCCAAAAUUCCAGAGGAUGAAGAAGAGGUCAGCCAAGGCAGGACUCGCAAAGUGAGUCGUUCUACAUCUGCAAGCUCUUCUGCAAGCUCUGACCCCGACAAGAAGGUUCCUAAAGAUUACUGUGUGAUACAAGAAAUGAAGAGCAAGAACAUUAGUACAGAGCAUGUGGACUUCCAGGGGGCUCGGAAGCAGUGGCGUCAAAUGGAGGAGCAGACCCAAGGAGAGGUCCAGGUCCACCAGCCCACUGUCAGACAGCAGGGGAUGUGCCAGGGAGGUCACAGUGCCAUGUACACACCCGUCAGGAACAUUGACCGACCCAGGAGGGACCCCGAAAUUGACAGCCUUGCCCUUGGUGACUUUCAACACACUCAGUUCAGCCCAUGUUCAGAAGACUCAGGUAUGGAUGACUUCAGCUACAGGUCCCUUUACGAGGACUCAGACAACCCUGUCGAAAGGGAGAUACGACAGACCAUAGAGCGUGAGGAGAACUUCAGGCGUGAGAGAGAGAUUGCCAAACAGGGUCAAGCUGGAGAAUCAUCUGCACAUUCGAAAACCCGACCAACUACUCUCUACCCCGGCAAGUACGGCAAAGGCCUUUGCCAUGAGGUGGAAGAGAAACGGAAGAUGUUUGAGUCUAGUGAUCCCGGAUGCAGGCCUUUGAGGUCUCCCAACGCAAAGAACCCAACCGUCUCCAUAUCCACCUCCCCAUCGCCCACACCAAGGGGUGCAACCUACCAUGAGAUGACCGCCCAAAAUGUUAUCAUCCUGGAGCCGGACUCCUACCCCACCAGCCCGAGGCACCGCACCCGGGGAUCCUUGCUAUCUCCGGGGCCCAGCAGGUACAGUGAGUGGCCCUUGGAGACGUCAGCCAAUGUCAUCAUUUUGGAGACGUCCAAUCUGAUCAUCCGGAGUGCCUCUGAGUUCUGCCUGAGCUCGGCCUCCUGCCAGGAGACCCAGGAGAGCACAUUUGUCAACAACCCCUUCUUCAAGCUGCGCUCGCGGAGCUCCAUGUCCCUGGUGGACCAGGAGAUUAAGAUGGUGAAGCAGAGGGAGGAGGAGUGGAGGAGGCAGAAGAGCCAGAUGCAGACCAGGGAGAAGUACGACACCGUCCUGGUGUCCCCAAACCUCCUUGAUAACCUGAGCUUUGAUAAAGCAGAAGUGCCACUGAAAUGUGUGUCUUCCCCUUCAUCACCAUCAAGGACUCGAAAGCUGGACCGCUCCGCCCUGUCAUGUGACCAUAGGUUCCCAGAAUCACUCUCCCCAGGACCGAGGAAAAAGAAUGCCAUGGCUCAGAGAUGGGAGGCAGGACUAUUUGUCAACCAUGAAAAAGAGUAACAUCAAACCAGAAUAAUACCGCACCAUACUACAGAUGCCAACUUCCUGAACUUUAGAUGUUUUCCAGUUCUGCUAUUGAUACAGCUUGAAUAUUGACCGGUACUGUAGCUUUAAAGUUAUUGUGAAACAAAUGUAAAUUAAAUUGUAAGAGAUGAGAAUUUGAAGAUAGAUGGACUGCCAGAUGCUUUUUGAAUGUGACAAGUACAUGAUUAUAUUGUCUGGUUAAGAUUUUUACAUUUUUAAGUACUGUCUUGGUUAUACAAAAUAUAUUGCAUUUUUGUAUUGUAUUCUAAACACUUUAAAUUAAGAGGCUAUGAGAAAUGUGGUAGACUUACACCAGCGACCGAUUUGUUUUUUUUUGUCAAAUGUGUAUUAUGAAAUGUAUAUAUUACCUGCAUAAUUACCUUCAUGCAAAGUGUUUAAUAUGAUAGCCACUUAUAGUAUAUUCAAAGCUUGACCUGACAUUGCCAUUUUGAGAUGCCUUUUCAAUUAUGCCUUUUUUUUUUUUUUAAACCUUCAAAUGUGAUAUUUUUUGGGUUGCAGUUGGUUUAGUAUUACUUGCUAGACUAGCGCAAAACUCCAAGCGGAAUACUUUAACGUUUAAACGACAUUCAUAAUUUUAAGUGUUGUUGUUUCAUGGAGAACGUGUUUGUUAAUUCUCAAUUGAAAAUGCUACGCCAAAAUAAAGUUGGAUUGACAUUAAGGACAAUAAUUGGCUGUGUCCUUCUGUUACCUAGAAAUGCAUGUGCCUGUCAGUGUGUAUUGAUUGGGAAGCUAGCUGUAAAUCCAAUAAAAUGUACAGCCACAGGAAGGGAGUUACAUUUGGAAAGUUAUUUAUUUAACAAUAUUACACUACAGGAUAAUUUCUGUUUUGGAAACAUAAAUGAACAAAGUGAAUGUAAUUAUUCAUUAACAUUGUGGGAAUAAAUUGUGCAUUCUCCCUUACAUAUAUUCAGCAACACUUCGCAGAUAAAAUGUAAUGUAAUAAACAUGAACUCAUGGGACAAGGCUGUAUCGAGUAUUGAAAUGCAUUACACACUCAGUGGACAGUUUAGGUACACCCAUCUAGUACCGAGUCAGACCCCCCUUUGCAUCCAGAACGCCUGAAUUCUACAAGGUGUCAAACGUUCCACAGGGAUGUUGGUCCAUGCUGACAUGAAGGCAUCAGAGUUAAUGUAGAUUGGAUGGCGGUACAUUCAUGCUGCGAACAGCCCGUGCCAUCUCAUCCCAAAGAUGCUCUAUUGAGUUUGUUCCUGACCAAUGUUCAGAUACCAAUUGAGCAACAACUGCCACAGCGUAUCAAGGGACCUAACACAUGGCAGGAAAACAUUCCCUACACCAGCCUGUACCGAUGACACCUAGGCAGGAUGGGUCCAUGGACUCUGCUACUUAUGCCAAAUCCUGUCUGCCAUUAGCAUGACACAACAGGAACCGGGAUUCUUCAGACCAGGCAAUAUUUUUUCCACUCGUCAAUUGUCCAGUGUUGGUGAUCACGUGCCCAAUGAAGAGUUGUUUAUAGCUGAAAGGAGUGGUGGUCUGCUGCAAUAGCCCAU